AUGGAUCUGCUCAUCGACUCCUCCCUCCGCAACGCCCUAGAUAUCUCCCACAAAAUAACAGCAGUCGCCUCCUCUGCCUCGCGCGAAAGUGCAGAGAAAUUCAUAGCAGACCUCUCUAUCCCCCAGCCAUGCGCAGCAUACGGUUCCUAUGAGGAUCUCGUCAAUGAUGCCAAUGUGGACAUCGUCUACAUAGCCUCACCACACUCUCAUCAUUUCCAGAACACGAUGCUCUCGCUGGAAGCGGGGAAGCAUGUGCUGGUUGAGAAGCCGAUAACUGUCAAUGCCGCGCAGGCGAGGAUCCUCGUUGAGACGGCGAGGAGCAAGCAAUUGUUUCUUAUGGAGGCGGUGUGGACGAGGUAUUUCCCGCUUUCGGUGCAGAUUCGGGAAUUGAUUGGGAAGGGGGAGAUUGGGGAGGUGCUGCGUGUGACGGCGGAUACGAGUGAUGGCGGUAGGGAUCCGGAGGGGCAGUGGGGGACGACGCACCGGAUGGUUAACAUGGAUUUGGCGGGCGGGGUGUUGUUGGAUGUGGGCAUCUAUUCCUUAACCUGGAUAUUCCAGACGCUCUACCAUACCCUACCCCCGUCCAAACGCAAACCCCCUUCUUCCAUCCAGUCCCAAAUGAUCCACUACCAGCCCACAGGCGCUGACGAGUCCACCACAAUCCUUCUCGAAUUCCCUUCCUCAACGCCCGCAGGGACUCACAAAGCUCAAGCUGUCGCCAUGACCAACUUCCGCAUAUCCUCCAACCCAGAUGGAGACUGGGCUGCGGGUCCCUCCGUGCGCAUUCAGGGCACGAGCGGGGAGAUACAAGUUUUCGGGUUCCCGUUUCACCCGGACAGUUUCAAGGUAUUACCACGCAAGUUUCCAGGUGAGUGUGAUGGUGGUGGGGAGGGCGUGGGGAUUAGAGAGGUUGUAGGUUCGUUUCCGGGGAAUGGGAAGGGGAUGUAUUGGGAGGCUGAUGAGGUGGCACGGUGUGUGAGGGAUGGGAAGCUGGAGAGUGAGACGAUGCCGUUGGAGGAGAGUUUGGUUAUUAUGGAUGUUAUGGAUGAGGCGAGGAGACAGGGGGGUUUGAGGUAUCCGGAGAAAAUUGAGUCGACUGUGUAUCCGUUGAAGCUUCCGCAGAAGAAGCGAGAUUCUUAA